AGUGCAGCCCUCUUCUGACGAUUUGCAUAAAGUCCCCAUCAGCCAGCCCACUAAUUACCAUGUUUUAUAUUCCCUGGCCUCUGAAAGCAUCAUGGCAAAUUAUAUUACUCUCCUCAAAUGGGAAGUGAACCAGCUUCUCUGAGCAGGUGUCAGGAGUAGGAAAUUCACAUUAACACCGGAGCACGAGAGGAAGAGAGAUCGAACUUUUUUUUUGUACUUUCUAGUUUUUAUUCUCCCCAGCCUCCCUUUAAGUUCAGAAUUUAACUUUGUUUUAAUGUUCUCGAAAAUGGUGUCCAAGUUGACAUCUCUCCAACAGGAGCUCUUGAGCGCCUUGUUAGAUUCCGGAGUUACCAAAGAUGUUCUGAUCCAAGCGUUGGACGAUAUGGACCCCAGCCCGAAUGGCUUUGGAGUUAAGUUGGAGAAUCUACACAUGUCUCCGCCAAGUUCUAAAAUCAACGGAAAUGAUUCGGAUUCGAAGCCGGUAUUUCUAACGUUGAGCAACGGACACGGUAAGGGCAAACUGUCGGGAGACGAGGGGUCCGAGGACGGAGAUGAUUUCGAUACCCCACCGAUACUAAAAGAACUCCAGUCGCUUAACACGGAGGAAGCAGCGGAGCAGAGGGCAGAAGUUGACCGAAUAUUAGCUGAGGACCCGUGGCGUGCCGCCCGCAUAAUUAAAGGCUACAUGCAACAGCACAACAUACCACAGCGCGAGGUGGUGGACGUAACCGGACUAAAUCAGUCUCACCUCUCACAGCACCUCAACAAAGGCACGCCCAUGAAAACUCAGAAACGAGCGGCGCUCUACACCUGGUAUGUCAGGAAACAGCGGGAAGUUCUAAGACAAUUCAACCAGGCAGUGCAAGGUUCUGUCAACAACAUGACUGACAAAGGCAGUCAGGAUCAGGUGCUGUUUUUCUUCCCAGAGUUUAACCCUCCUGGUCAGGGUAUGGGGCAGCAAGGGGAGGAGGUGGGCUCUGAACCCUCCUGCAAGAAAAUGAGACGGAACCGUUUCAAAUGGGGGCCUGCAUCCCAACAGAUCCUCUACCAGGCCUAUGAAAGACAGAAGAACCCCAGCAAAGAGGAGCGAGAGGCUCUGGUGGAGGAGUGCAACAGGGCUGAGUGUCUCCAGAGAGGGGUGUCUCCGUCUAAAGCUCAUGGGCUGGGCUCUAACCUGGUCACUGAGGUACGGGUCUAUAACUGGUUUGCCAACCGGCGUAAGGAGGAGGCCUUCCGUCAGAAGCUGGCGAUGGACGCCUACCCCAUACCCAUCCACAGCAUGAACCCUCUCCUGUCUCACAGCCACAACUCCCCACACCACCACAGCUCCCAGACCAGCGCAUCCCCCCCUAGUAAGAUGCCAGUGCGGUACAGCCAACAGGGACCCAGUGAGGUCAGCUCCUCGACGACCAUCAACCACCAUGGCAGCAUGUCGACCAGCCAGUCGGUGUUACAGCAGGUGUCUCCGGGUGGCUUGGACCCCAGCCACAGUCUGCUGUCACCUGAUGCCAAGAUGAUGUCUGCGUCAGGUGGAGGCCUGCCACCUGUGAGCACGCUGACCAACAUCCACAGCUCCCACCAUACACACCAGCAGACACAAAACCUCAUCAUGCCUCUCUCUGGAGUCAUGACCAUUGCACAGAGUCUGAACACGUCGCAGUCCCAGUCGGUACCAGUGAUCAACAGCGUGGCGGGGAGCCUUGCAGCUCUGCAGCCGGUGCAGUUCUCCCAGCAGCUCCACAGUCCCCACCAGCAUGGCCUGAUGCAGCAGUCCCCCAGCCAGCAGCCUUUCAUGGCUACCGUGACUCACUCACACAGUCAGUACCUGCCUCUUAUGUACCCUCACAAGCAGGAGCCCACGCAAUAUUCCCACCAGUCACGGUUUCCCUCAGCCAUGGUGGUGACAGACGCCAACAGCCUCAGUACUCUCAGCUCCAUGUCAUCCAGCAAACAAGAUUCUACCGUAAACAAGAUGGUGCAACUGGGGGGUCUCUCCUGGUGUCCUCUUCAAGCCUGGUGAGAGUACACACCUGACUUCCUUGGUGCCUAGCAACAGGAGCACAUUUUUCCACCCACUCACUGUGGUAACCAUGACAACUCCUAAUAACUGGCAACAGCGCACUGGACGAUGAGUCAGUCAAUAAAUCCAGAGCGGCGGUGACGGAGGGCGAGAGGAGAGGAGGAGUGAGAGAAGGGGAGAGAAAUGCACAUUGCAGGUUUUGCGUUAAUAGACACCUAAAUGAAGGGAGGAGAAACUGGAUUUCCCCUGACAUACAACAAGGAUGUAUGAUUUUUCACUACAAACACAAUCUUGAGAAAACAUAAUUAAUUUCUCUAUCUUUUCAUUGAAAAUGUGUGCAAAUGACAAGUGAUCGCUUCUAUGUGGCCAAUCAUUUGUGACAUUAUCAAGGAACAAAACAAAUGGAUCUUCACAUUAUGCCUUACAUGCUGUGGUAUGUAAGAAUAGGACUGGUGGAGUGGAUGUCCAUGAAGAACUAACAUGUUACUGUGAUCUGAUGUGGAAAGAUGAAGGCGUAUGGAGGCUGGGGUGAGAGGACACAAUCUGCCUCAGUCGGCCCAGCUACGUUGGGCUGUGGUGGGGAUGGACUGUAUGGGGGACUGGGUGAUUCCCUCUGGCAUGGGGCCCGGACUCAUGAUGGGCAGAUCUGAAUAAUCUGAUCCCCACUAUACUGUAUAUUAUCAACGGCAAUGCACAACCAUCAGAACUACUGGAUGACAAUCAUAUUAACUUUGUCCUGAGCAACUGUAUAGGUUCUUGUAGAUAGAUAUUUCAUAUAUGUACAUACCUGUUCUGUUUGAAGGAGUCUUCCAUGUUUGCUUUUCAUUAUGUGAUUUUCUGUACUGAACAGUCAAUAGUGCAGAUAAUUAUAACUUUGUUCAUGUGUCUAAAGGAUUUCAACAUUUGUCAUUCCCAAACACGGGGGAAAUAUAAUAGACAAUCUAUUUGUAUUUUUUAUUUGGUUCCAAUUGUAAACUGUGAUUGAAAGAUAUGACAAUCUUUAGAACCUAAAGGACUAUGCAAUGUGCAUAGAAGUGCAUAUGAAGUGCAUAUGAAGCCUCAGAAGACUGAAUUGUGUACAGUACUCCACAAACAGAAGACAGAGGGAUUUCUGAGAUGCACCAUUACUCUAUGAACUUAGUGCCCCUCAUGUUGUUUCUGUUGUCAGAGCUGCCCGCAACACGACACAAAACAAUAAACCAAAGUUUUAACUUAUUUAAAAAAUAUAUAUGUGUACAGUAGAUACUGUAUAUAAAGUAGUCAGAAAUUCAGUUGGACAAUUUGGGUGUUUUUCUUUCACCCAUUUCCCAUGUUUUGUUCUGAAGAGAGAGUCAGUGUGCCAUGAUAUCAUAAACAAAGUCUGCCCUGUGGGUGUGUUGACUCACAUAUUCACUGUAUGCCUUCAAACCCAUUUAUAGGAUUUUUCCCAAAUGGCACCCUAUUCCCUAUAUAGUGCACUACCCUUGGUUAAAACGUAGUGCACUAUAUAGGGAAUAGGGUGCCAUUUAGGAUGCACACAUUGUCCCAAUCCUAGGGUGGCCCAUGCCUGCCUGCCUGCCUAGGAGACCUCUCUCUGACUGAUGUUUGCUCAUAGGGUUCAGGUGAAUUUCAGGAAUGGGACUUUAGCCCUCCCAGGCUCCCUCCCCUCUCCUCCCACUUCCUCAUUCCCAACGUUUCCUAAUUUAAAGACACAUAUGGAAUUGGACCCUUUUUUAUUAUUCUCCUUUAUAAAUCAUAACAGCCCAAGUGACAAUGACAAUAUUUACAGGUAUUUGCAAGCAAAACAGUGAUAUGAGUCUUGUAAUUUGUGAAUGGGUGGAAGAUAAAAGCAUCUAUUGUUGUGACAGCAACCAAUAUAAUCAGGCUGGAUUCCACAGAGGUUGAGAAAUGUUAUGGAGAGUUGGAUACUCAGCCGCACUUAGUUACUUAUGAAAUCCUAAUCCACCAGAGAGUUCCAGAUAAACAAGCACAGGGUACAAACAAUCAGGUUUUUAUAAUGAACAUUUGUAUAGUCUGCAUUUGACUGCGUGCUUUCUGAAUAAUUAUUUUACUUCAUAUUUUCUAAAUUGAAGUCAUACCCUCUCCACCUCCAUAUUUUGGUUGGCACAUACUGUACAGACUCCCUUUCAAUAGGUCACUAUCUUGUUAUUACUUGUACUACCUUGUUUCAAUUUAAACAUACCCACUGCCAUCUAAUCAGAGGGCAUGCAGGUCCACUUUUAACUGUAGAUGACAGGCAAAGACAAGUUAUUUUCUCUUUGAUGUAUUUUUGUAUAAAAAUGGAAAUCAAUCUUUUAAAAUCAUUAUUUAUACUUUCUGAGAAAAUGUUGAUAUUCAAGUAAAGCUUUUCAAAAUGAA